GGUUUCCAGGUUGCAAUAAGAGUGUCCACAGCCGCAUGAUGGUUUUCUUUGUGCUCUGUAAAUCGCCUCGUGUUGUGCCGAGCGGCGGCGAGCGUCUCUAUGCGGUUGCGCGAGCGAGUUGCAGACUCGCACGAGGGUGUCUGAUUUCCACCCACAAACCCCUCUCCUCUCACCCUCCCGGUGGCGAUGUUGACAAAGAGCCGGAGCAGGAGGAUGCUUGCUCAAGCUACAGCGCCAGUCUGAGACCCCCGACGGUACAUCGGCUCGGAAAAACGAAUACCGGACCUCACUGUGUGGCAGAUUCGCUAGGAUUCGGAACCGCAACGGGGCUCUAGGACGCUUCGGUCUGGACGAUUCAGCGGAGGAGGUCCGGUAUGACCGGCAGCCAUCCGAAAGCAUCGACGCACCGAAGCAUGCACGCGGCCCGGUGGGCUUCUUGAUGUUUUGAACGGUAAUCGUGAAGCAAGACCCUGAAGCGCGCUGGACCUCACCGGGGACUCCGCUUUCUCCCGACGCCUCGCGGGGCCCAAGCCGUGCCUCAAGCGCGAGAGCAUGGGUCGGUGCGACGGGAGGUGCACGCUGGUGGUCAUCUGCUGCCUGCAGCUGGUCGCUGGAUUACAGAGGCAGGUGUUUGACUUCUUGGGAUAUCAGUGGGCUCCCAUCCUUGCCAAUUUCCUCCAUAUCAUGGCCGUCAUUUUGGGAGUGUUUGGAACUGUGCAAAUCCGUUCCAAAUAUCUUAUACUGUAUGCUGUGUGGCUUGUGGUCUGGGUUGGCUGGAACUCUUUCAUCAUCUGUUUUUACCUGGAAGUUGGUCACCUGUCACAGGACAGGGAUUUCCUAAUGACAUUUAACACAUCACUUCAUCGUUCCUGGUGGAUGGAGAACGGGCCUGGUUGCUUAGUUACUCCAGUUCCUGACUCACCAUUGGCUCCUCAGGAUCAUCAUGUGAUCACUGUCAGUGGCUGCCUGCUGGACUACCAAUACAUAGAGGUGGUCAGCUCAGCCUUGCAAGUGUUUCUUGCACUCUUUGGAUUUGUUUAUGCCUGCUAUGUUAGUAAAGUCUUCCUGGAUGAUGAGGACAGCUUUGAUUUCAUUGGUGGAUUGCACUCGUAUAGUUACCAGCCUCCACAGAAGAGUUCUCACUUACAGCUGCAGCCUCUCUAUACGCCUGGAUAGAAACCAGAGGAAAAACCCACCCUCAGAGGAAAACAGCUGCUUAUCUCUGAGAGAUGAAGUCCUCUGCAUUGUGGGAAAUGUUCUACCAGCUUCAACGUUUGUGUCUCUUGAACUUUGUCUCCCUCUAUUGGAGAAAAUCUAUAGUGCAGCACCAGCCAGAGUUCUAGAGAGAGCGCGAGCACAUGAACAGGACCACAACAAGAUGCUUAAAGCCUCAUUGAGACAAGCAUUAUUGAAUAGGACUUGAAGACAGAAACAGAUCUUCUGUGUGUGUGUGUGUGUGUGUGUGUGUGUGUGUGUGUGUGUGUGUGUGAGAGAGAGAGCGCACAUAGGCCUUUGUAUAUGUUUGUGUAUUCACAAGGUGGCCAACCUUUGACCCAGGCAAUCUUUGAACACAUCCGGAGCUGCCCGUUCAGCUUUUUCUGGUGUGUGUGUGUGUGUGUGUGUGUGUGUGUGUGUGUGUGUAGGAGAAAGAUUGUUUAUACUCUGAUAUAAGACAUUAUAAUGUAAUGUGUUAGAUGAAUGUUUUAGGUUGGGUAGAUGUGUAUUUGGGGAAUGCUGUAGGACUUUGUGCAUGUAAAAACUCACGAUAGAGGAGUUUUUCCUCUGGGUGGCCCACAUGUGUCUGCGUGCAUGAAUGUGUGUUUCUGAUUGUGUCGAUGUACACGGACUACCAGUUUUGAUAUGUACUUAUGCACCUAACGCAUAAUGUGACUAGCCAUAAAUGUUUAUUUGAACACAAACUUAGAAUGAAUGUAUGUUAAUGUACAAAUACUUGUUUCAGGAAGGCUGUGUUUGUAUGAGUGAGUGAGAGAGAGUGUGGGUGAGAGAGGGACACACCUGAAGGGUGGGACAGUUGUUCAGCAUAAUAAACUCUUUCUAGAUUAUUCUUUGUCUUG